AUGGGAAACUGCGGAUCAGCCCCAACGCCUAUGGUAAAAUAUGAACAGGACGAGACGUCUUUCCCGUAUCGAAAAACUGUUGGAGCCCUUAUGUACCUCAUGGUUAGUACCAGACCGGACAUAGCGUACGCAGUGAGUAUAGUCUCUAGAAGCCUAGAAAAUCCUACAAUAAAUGAUUGGUGUCGAGUGAAGAGAAUUCUCAGAUAUCUUGAGGGUACUAAAGAUUGUGGAAUCGUGUACAAGAAGCACUUUGGAAGUGGCGUUCUUAAUUGCUACAGUGAUUCAGACUUUGGUGGUGACUAUGAAAAAAGGAGAUCGACAACAGGACUACUCACUCUGUACGCAGGUGGAGCGAUAUCAUGGAUCAGCCAACGACAGCCUUCUGUUCAACUUUCAACUACAGGAACAGAGAUUGUGGCUGCGAGUGAGGCUGCCAGGGGUACAAUUUGGUUAAAGUGA